AUGGCGGGCGGUACUAGCAUUUGGGUCAGCAGUGAGGCAAAGACGGACCCUAGGGAGAUCUUCAAUCUACGACUUUUGUACCUCCUCGUUGCGGUUGCCUGGGGAGGAUCAUUCUAUGGAUUCGACACGGGAAACAUUGGCGGAAUUCUCACACUGCCGUCCUUCAAAAAUGCCUUUGGGCUCACCAAUGUAUCCCAAGCCGAACAAGACAACAGAAAGGGCACCAUCGCCUCCAUGCUUGCGGCCGGUGGAUCAGCUGGUGCAUUACUAGCCGCUCCCACAUCAGACUUCUUUGGUAGAAAAUGGUCAGUAUUUGGCUGGGGUCUCGUCUUUGUCAUUGGAGCUGCAAUGCAGAUGGUCGCCGACUACGACGUUCUUUUGGCCGGUCGCUUCGUCGCCGGCAUGGGGGUAGGUGCAUCGUCAAUGCUCACACCCCAGUUCCUUGCCGAAAAUUCCCCGAAAUCCGUUCGCGGGUCGAUGACAGCGACAUAUAACUUGAUGAUUGUGACCUCCCUGAUGUUAGCUUUCUGGGUCAAUUAUGGGGUUGCAAAGUGGUCGUUUCCCGGGGUUGAACACGAUGACACGCAGUGGAGAACAGCAAUGGGUAUCCAGAUCAUUCCUGGUGCUUUGUUGUGUAUGAUGGUUCCAUUUGUGCCCGAAACACCCCGGUACUUGAUCAAUCAUGGAAAGAAUGAGGAAGGACUCAAAAACAUUUGCCGGUUGCGAAAGUUACCCGCAGAUCAUGAGUACGUCCAGACCGAAUACCGUGAGAUUCUAGCCCAGGUGCGACAUGAACAAGAAUGCUUUGCCGGACAUAGCUAUUGGGUCGUGCUUAAAGAUGUUUUUUCGUCGAGGAGCAACUUCCAGCGCUUCUUCCUGGCGGUGAUGCUCUUUUUGUUCCAUAAAUUUACGGGCACAGACUCAUUGAACUACUAUGCUCCUGAGAUAUUUGAGAUGAUUGGUGUGAAAGGAGACUCUACCAGUCUACUUACUACUGGUGUUUAUGGUGUGGUGAAGACCGUUGUUUCCAUCCUAUACGUCGGAUAUCUGGUUGACCGCAUCGGCCGUCGGCUUCCCCUUCUUGUUGGAGCUACCUUACAAGCAACUUCCAUGCUUUAUCUGGCACUGUAUCUUCGCUUCGCUGGCACCACUAAUAAUGCCGUUGGUGGUACUCCUGCAGGGGGGAUUGUUGGAAUCAUCUUCAUCUAUAUCUAUGCCUUUGGAUGGUCAUUCGGACAUUCAGUCGCUUGUUACGUUGUGGCGGCUGAGGUAUUUCCGACCAGAAUUCGAUCUUUCUGCAUGGCUAUAUGCUUCUUCAUUAACUGGAUCGUCGAUUAUGGCAUCACACGUGCUACACCUAACAUGAUCACUGAAAUGGGCUGGGGGACGUUCUUACUUUACGCCAUGCUGACAUACUUGGGAGUCAUCUUCAUCUAUUUCUGUUUGCCCGAGAUGAAAGGCCGAUCGAUGGAAAGUAUGGAUGAUCUAUUCGAGCGACCACUGUGGACCAUGUGGAAACAUGCCUACCCCACUGAAGAGGAGAAGGUUAGGCGUGAUGUCCGGGAAAACAUAGUCGCCGGUAAAGUCCAGGCACUAGAGGAUGACGGAAAGGCACAGCGUGUAGAGCAUGUUGAAACCGCCUAG